AUGAGGGACCCCGGCGGGGCCCGGCGCUACGCCACCAAGCUGAGCAGGCACGCCAGCGACGUGACGCCGGCGCAGCGAAACCGCGCGGGCAGCGUGAGGCGGACCCAGCGCGGCAGCCUCGUGCUGCCUGGGGCGGGGCCCGGGGGCGGCGUCGGCGUCGGCGUCAGGACGCCCCCGGAGGAGCUGCCGCCCAAGGAGCGGCGCCGGCGCACCAUCGUCAUGAUCGUGGGCGCCACCUUCAUGUUCCUGCUCGCCUGCAGCGUGCUCGUCGUCGUCGUCACACUGACGCACCACUCCUUCCGCCACCCGCCCGUCGACGACGCAGUUCGCAAAGAGAACGAGGAGUACUUGAGCGCCAUAGGCAGGGACGACUCAGGGAUGUCCAGUGCGGGCCAAAACGCCACGUCUGGCCCCCCGCCGUUGCUGUUGGACAACCCGUGAGGACCUGCACAACCUGCCAAGCAGAACACUGCCGCCUCCCGACAGUUCUCUCAAAACCCGGUGAUGUAAGCACGGGGAUUAGAAUGCUUUUGAGUCUCGCAGCCAGACCACUAACAAGGUUUUGCCUCCUGCUGAACACCAAACACACAGACAGUCUGGUUUUCUUUUUGUGAAAGUGAAAAUUGAACCAUUGCGGGUGCUACGAUUGUCAGUUUCUAUUAACAUGACACAGACAGAGUGGCAGGUAUUAUAAAAAAAGAAAAGGAAAAGAGCUCCCAUAUCUUGGCUAACUGUUGUUUACUUCUUUGAUUUGUUAAGCAAUGCACUAAUCACAGCAGAAUGCCAAAGUUAUAAAUUG